GUGUGCGCUGUGUAUGUCCGCGCUGUGGGCUAUGUAACAGAAAAAAUAGUGCCACUUGCCUUCUGCUCAUCAUAUGUAACAUUUCUGCUGAAGGUCUGUAAGGAGAGAAGCUCGCAGUUCCCGUGUUUACUCUCAGCAGUGAUGAAGUAGGACACGCGUUAACAAGGCAGAAACAGAACAGAAGGGCAAGUUACAGAGGAAGAAAACGGUUAUUUUGUCAUCGUGGAAAGUUUAACCCCUCCAACACAGAUGCUUCUGGCCGCCCCGAUUGGUGGGAGUGAUGUGUGAACUAGAUGACCGGGCCAGCCAAUCAGUGGACCAUGAGAGUGUGCUGAGAGUCAGAGCUGCAGUGUUUCUACCAGAGCGAGAGAGAAAGUGGAGGACAGGAUCACAGGCAGAGGAAGAGGAGGGAGAACAGAGAGAGGAGCAGAGGGGAGGAAUGGGCAUUGGUAAAAACACCACCUCCAAAUCCAUGGACUCCACCGCUGAGCUUAGCAAAUAUGAGGAGGAGAACAAACACAGUGCACACUUCUACCCCAUCCCAGUGGUUAAUGGUGUUGUUCAGACCCCUGGAGAUCAAGAGUCAGAGGACACAGAGCUCAUGGCCAUUUAUGCCAAAGACUGCCAGAUGGAGGACAAAUGCUCCAUAUCAGAGACUGUGGACAGUGCAGACAGCAUUGAUGCAAGGAGAAUGGAAAUGAUAUACACCAUAGAGGACACGCCACCUUGGUACCUGUGUGUGUUUCUGGGUUUACAGCAUUACCUUACCUGCUUCAGUGGAACUAUCGCUGUGCCCUUCCUGCUGGCAGAGGCCAUGUGCGUGGGUUAUGACCAGUGGGCUACCAGUCAGCUGAUUGGUACCAUUUUCUUCUGUGUGGGCAUCACCACCCUGCUGCAGACCACCCUCGGCUGUCGGCUUCCGUUAUUUCAGGCAAGUGCUUUUGCGUUUCUCGCACCAGCAAGAGCCAUUCUUUCUCUUGAUAAAUGGAAGUGUAACACAACAGCUUUUCUUGUAUUAAAUGGCACAGAGCUGCCCCACACAGAAGACAUCUGGUACCCCAGGAUAAGAGAGAUCCAGGGUGCUAUCAUAGUCUCCUCUAUGAUAGAGGUUGUCAUAGGGGCUUUAGGUUUGCCAGGUAUCUUGUUAAAGUACAUUGGACCGCUCACCAUCACCCCAACUGUCACUCUGAUUGGCCUCUCAGGCUUCCGGGCUGCUGGAGAGAGGGCGGGCAAACACUGGGGCAUUGCCAUGCUAACCAUAUUCCUGGUGCUGCUGUUCUCUCAGUAUGCGCGUAACAUCCAGUUGCCGCUCCCCAUCUACAAAUCCAAGAAGGGCUGGACUUCUUACCGCCUGCAGCUGUUCAAGAUGUUUCCUAUCAUCAUGGCGAUCUUGGUGUCCUGGGUUCUGUGUUUCAUCUUUACAGUGACCGACGUGUUUCCUCCCGAGAAAGACAAGUACGGGUUCUAUGCCCGUACAGAUGCACGACAGGGCAUCUUGGCAGCCGCCCCCUGGUUCAAGAUACCUUACCCCUUCCAAUGGGGGCUGCCCACAGUGACGGCAGCUGGGGUGAUUGGCAUGCUCAGUGCUGUGGUUGCCAGUAUCAUAGAGUCCAUUGGAGAUUACUACGCCUGUGCCCGUCUCUCCUGUGCCCCUCCACCACCUAUACAUGCCAUUAACAGAGGGAUCUUUAUGGAGGGUCUUUCCUGUGUUCUUGAUGGUGUCUUUGGGACAGGGAAUGGCUCCACAUCAUCCAGCCCAAACAUCGGUGUACUGGGCAUCACAAAAGUAGGCAGCAGGCGGGUCAUUCAGUAUGGUGCUGCUCUGAUGCUGUUACUGGGAAUGGUGGGUAAAUUCAGCGCUCUUUUCGCAUCAUUGCCUGACCCAGUUCUGGGAGCGCUAUUCUGCACGUUGUUUGGCAUGAUCACUGCCGUGGGCCUUUCCAACCUGCAAUUUGUGGACCUCAACUCUUCUCGCAACCUGUUUGUCCUUGGCUUCUCCAUCUUUUUUGGCCUGGUCCUGCCCAGCUAUCUCAAAGAGAAUCCCCUUGUCACCGGUAUAAUACAGAUAGAUCAGGUGCUGAACGUUCUCCUAACAACUGCCAUGUUUGUUGGAGGUUCUGUGGCAUUUGUGUUGGAUAAUACUAUUCCUGGCUCUCCGGAGGAAAGGGGAAUCCAAAAAAUGAAUCGUGGAAGCAGCUCAUCUAAACGGGACAGAAUGGAAUCUUACGACCUUCCGUUUGGUAUGGACUUCCUGCGCCGCCAUCACAUCUUCAAGUACCUCCCCAUCAGCCCCACUUUCACUGGCUACCAAUGGAGUGUUCUCACCCAUAGCUGCCACAAGCAGAGCAACAAGAGUGAAGACGACAUUCCGGCAAAGCCAGAACUGGGAGAUAGUGGGGUAUAGUUUUAGCCUGAGUAGAUUUUAGGUGAGAGAGAUAAUGGUCAUCGCAAAGCUUCAUUUCUACCCAGUCAGUUAAAACCCAGUCCUCUGCUGUUUUAGUCCUUUAGUAAACAACCAGCUACAGUUUUCAUCCCACUGUCCUUUAUAAGCUCUGGAACUCUGGAUAACUUUUGGUCAACUCAUGGAGUUGCCAACUCUAAGGUUUGUUUCUAGCUGUUGAUAUGGCUGUUGCUAAAACUUUGACAGCACAAAAGCUUGAGAGGUUGUUUCAAGGUGUCUCCAUGACAACGCUGAGUAGAUGCAAUGCAGGUUGCACUGGUUUAUCUGUCUUUGUGUGGGAGGACAGGAAAACAGAGACUAAUCUACCGAAUUACAGAAAAUCUACCGAAUUUCAGACAUCAUUGUUCCUUGUUUAGCAGACCUGCAAUGCUCUGUUUGCACAAAGCAUCAUUAGAGACCACAGUGUAGAUUAAAUAUGCUAGAUUUUACAAUUACUAGUAAUGCCUAGUGACCAUUGUCUCACACCUCCACAUUUACACGUAUAGACACAAACACGUGCCCACACUUGUUUAAUGCAUGUCGCUGGCUGAGACCCUAUUAAUGCCAGAGGAUUAAGGUUUAUGUUGAAAUAAAAGGUUAGUGGGCUUUAUGUUUGAACUGCACUGCUUGUUAUAGCAAGAAUUAACGCACAAAAUGUAGUCGUACCUACUUUGCUCCUUCCUAAUUUAACUUCUAGUGUCUUCUUUCCAAAAACCAAACUCUUGUCCAUGUGCAAGUACCUUAAUUACAUCCAUAUGCCUUAAAUGUGUGGAAAAUGAUUUACUCGUACAAAAUUGCGGUUAUUUUGUUUUUUUUAGGCAGGCAUGAUAUAGUAAAUGGCAAUAGUUCUUUAUGUCCAUUAGUGCUGCUGUUUUGAUGAAUAGCAAGUGCAAAGUGCCAUUUUCAUACUGGGGUUCAGAAAAGGAUAUUAUCUGGUUUUACAUUUUUCUCAUCAGCAGUAAGAAAUGCCAUUUCUGCCAGAUGCAGAUAGCUAUGCAGCAAGUACAAUGAUACAAAAAAGUAAUGAAUGUAUAAUCAAGUGUAUGGUUUGCAAAAGAAGGAAGACUGAAAGGAAAGGAAAGAAUAGCUUGAAUAUCUCAUUCAAGCAGUCUGUUUGAAACACGUUUUUACCUGGAUCUUUCCAUCUGUAGAAUCCUGUUCAGUACGCCAAGUUUCUGAUCUGUUCUACAUUUGAUAAAGGUGGCACUUUCCUCACUGCUGUUCAAAGGAAUGUGGUUUAAUAUGUAAAUCCUAAGACACUGCACAUGUGGCAGGUUUUGGGCACAGAGAGGAAAAGAAUGCCGGCGAUGGGCAUUUUUUGACCUGCUUUCCAACUGUACAAAUCCACUUAUAUGGAAUUAUCACAAGCUAUUCCUUAUUAUUUAUGUUUUCUUUUUUGCCGAUACAAUUUUCUCAUGUUUGGUUUACUGGCUUGUUAUCUUUGGCUUAUAUAAAAAAAAUCUGUCUAAACAACAUUAAAAUGUGCAGUACGCUAUCAGCAUUUUUUUUUAUUUAUUUCAUUUACGAUUUCAGUCAGCUAUUGGUGGCUUUGAUGUCACGCAGCCACUUUUUAAACAGACUGUUGUUUGAUGACAUCAGGGGGCAUGAAAGGGCAUCUGUGCUUUGAUAACCUGGCUUAGAGCACCACCUGAUGGUUAUAAACGCGUUAGAGUCUCACUGUUUCUUCUUCAGGUGCACAGUUUCUUUUGUUAAUUUAUUUAUUUAUUUGUAGUAUUUCUACUAUCUUUGUAUAAAUUCUUUUGUUGCCUCGACACCUGAAAGAAAGAAACACUUAAUGCUUAGGUUUCAUUUGAUCUGUUGGAGUAACACAGUCCCAAGACAUACCUGGUGGUUCCUCAGUCCGUCAUUCCAAGAAAUGUUUAUGUGAUUUUUUUUUAUUAUUAUUAUUAUUUGUUUCUAACAGAAAAUUGUUUUAUGCAAGGACCAUUUCACUUGGUAACUCAAUGUUGUUUUGUUUUUAGCCUUAUUUUCAGGUUUUACAAAGGUUCUGCAGUGUUUCUGUGCAUUAUAACAGUAAAAAGUAAUGUAGAACCUUGUUAGAGUGAAGGAGAACAAGUGACAGUGUUUGGAGAACAGAGUGCUAGUUCACACUAAGUCAAGACAUGCAUUCAAUACUGUAAGCAUUACAGCUCGGAGGUAAUCAGAAAUCUACGAGUGCAGCAUUUUUUGUCACUAAAAUACAACGUUGAGCACUCCUGAGUGUGGUGUAGUGAUGAUUGUCUCAGAUUCUUUAUACAAAAUAAAUGCAACUAAGAAAGAUACAGAUUACCUUUAAAGUCACCCCCUCAUUCACACCUAAUGCUUGCCGUUCUGUGACUCCUAAUCUAAAAUAUUUUUCCCUCAAAUUGUAUAUUAUGUUAUUGAAUGCAGAAUAUGACUCAAAUGGGCCUACUUAUGAAGACCUCUCGCUUCCUUACAUUUAUUCAUCAAAGUUGAAUCUAUCUUUGCCUAAAAUUCACAAUCAUUAGUGCUUAAUGCUUUAUUGAUGAUUAAUAUGGUUUUGAUAUGAGAAUAUUGUGAUAUGACAAGAUGAUUGGAUGAAACUCAAUGUAGAAAGGAUGUGAUUGGUCUUAAUAACAUGGUUGCAGUGUGGUUAAAAUAUAUAAAACCCUUCAGUUAUUUUGAGGGGGACAUAUCUGAAGAAUAUCUAAAGUGUACAAUAUCGUUAAUGUUUAAUUCUGGUUUUCUUAUGCAUUGUUUUGUGUUUUACAGUCAAAAAUAUGUUCGUAAGAAAAUUAUGCGUAUAAUCUUAAAUCAUGCUGCAGAGCGUACCAUUUUGUUACAUUUUUAUUUAAGAGUAAAACAAGUUCUCUUUAUUGUCUUUUUUUUAUCUGUACUUUGAUGGAAUAGUGUUGUCAGCUAGAACAUUUUCAUAUUGUAUUUUUCUAACAUAGCUUCCUGUUCAUGUUAAAAUUAGUACAAAUGGACAAAGAGGUGAAAUACAUUAAGACUAUUAUACAUUUAUAUUGAAUUGAAUAAAGAGUGUAUUAUAUUCUUGGACCAGGCACUGCAGUUCCUGUUAGUAGCAUCAGCAGAAAUUGUUUUGUUCCUUGUUCCAAAACAAUAUUUAAUAAGAUGUUU